AUCAGUGAAACCAUCCGAAUCACGAAACUCCUGUCAAGGAAUUUACGACAAGCAGAGAUGCGCGAGAGCUUCAACUGAGCCGUUUGUGUGCGCGAAUUCUAUGAUUCAUUGAUAUUCAUUAAGGGCGAAUUUCAGAAUGUCACUGCCGCACAAUUUGCAAGCUAAAUUUGGAUGUGAUUCGAGCACUUUAUCGCGCUUUGUCUCAGCAGAGAUGAUACGGCUCCGUAAUUUCCGGAAUAACCCUCAGUAGGCUCAUUGGUACAUGUACGAAGAUGCGCUUGUGGGAUACAUACAGUCUCAAAAUCGGGGCAACAGCCUGACGCUGACGUCAAAGGGAUGUAGAAGUGAGUUUACGAUCGGAUAUAUAGUAUUUGGAACGUGGAAGCGAUGAGCGAUGCAGAAAGGCGCAUCCACGGUGCUGCGGUGAAAGCUAUGGACAUUUGAAAGAAUAUAUAGCCAUACAAAAAGGAAAUCCCUUCUGGCAGGCGAAACAGGUGAGAUAUUAAAAAAAAGAUCAACGUCAUAUGCGCAAAUUUUGGAUAAACAUAAAGUUACGCUUGACGUCAACCAACUCGUAACUUAAUUCGUCGUCCGGAUUAAUGCGAUUCAAUGUGUGUAGUGGAUGUAAUUAUAUUAAACUUAAACGUUUGCUGUGUGAUGAGUAUUGUUUUUGCCGAGCAUUUUGGUCGAAGGUAUAGGAGCUUCACUGGCACAUAGUCUGCGAAAGAUUUUGAGGGCAAUGCGAGCCACCGCUUCCAUUCGCUGACAAAACCACUACUUGUAUUUCUACCACUGUGCCACGAGACAGACACAAGGAUCCUUUGACGAACACUGGCGAAGACCGGGGAGGAAUAUCAAACAGCGUGUUUCAAUAAGCGAAUCGUUGCGUGCAUACCCACUACAAACGGAAAAAAAACUUGUAUGAAAGAAAGAUGCCACGUACCCGUGGCAGGAAAGGGGGUACAGCGGCAGGCAGCGCUUUCGCAAAACAAAAUUGAAACGAGCACAUACAUACAGUUGGGCGCAGUGGCAAUAGGCGACUGUAUAGCCUGCAUGAUCAUUGAUUUGGGAUAGGGUUUAGUUCUGCGUGCGCGAAAGAGAGACAAACGGUGAGAAAAGCAACAUCAGCACCAAAAAAUACGGAUAAAAACCAUGACGACGAGGACAUUUUACUUGUUUAUUUUGUCUGCGGCUUUUCUAGCCGAACUGCGGUGCGUCUCACAAAAAACCACGACGGGGGCAACUCUCCCUACCGCCGGUCUCAUAAAUAACAGUGGGGAUACUAGCAGCAAAAAGGACGCCAACCAAACCUACAAUUCCAGACUUAAGAGGAAAAAUCUGUCGGUGGAUUUCGCAAUCCCUGCUCUCUUGCGGAACUACCUGUCUGUUUUCAUAAAGCGCCCGCUGAACGGGGAUUGCCGGAAUUUUAAUGGAUGCUACACGGUGCGGUCUAACUUGAGAAUGCACUGCAUACCUUUGCAAAAAAUCGUAUCUAGUUUGCUUGAGACGAAUUUGGCGGAAUCGGACGGUUUGGAGAAGGAGAAUAUCACGGGCUCUGGACAACUCCCAUUCCGGCACAAGCGACCGCUGUCCAACGUUCUGAAUUUGGGGUUGGCCAGGAAAACUAACCAAGUUGUGGUGGAGGUGGGGGAAGAACUGGUCCGGACGUUGUGCGGUGGACUGACCAGCGAAGAUGAUGCCCCGUUAUCUUUUAUGGAGCUGGACCUCGGUAGCAUUUUGGAAUGGUGGCUUGGAGCCGAAGGGGGCAGGCUGAGGGUCCGGAUCAUGCCCGAGAAACGAGCGCAGGUUCCAGGAAAAGAAGAGAAGUACUCGGCCGCGAUCAGAGCGGCAGAUCCCCGCCUCUUCCUUGAGAUCGCUUCCCGCGGUACCGCCUGGGCCAGCGCGGCGGGGCGGGCCCCCGACGGCUACUGGAACUUCACGUGGACCGCAGAGGACGAGCUCAGCUUUCCGCAGGAAAUGACAUCAUCAUCGUCAUCGUCGUCAUCAUCGGAGUUCAGAUGCCAUGGCAACAGAGAGCCGUGCCGCCGGCCCCCGGACAGGAGCCCGAAAUUCAGCUGGAGCCUGAUGGCGGCGGAGAGCUCGCUGGAGGCGGGGCCGGACGCCGUGCAGAGGGGAACCCGGCUUCCGGGCUGGGAGGAAGGGCAGUUCCUGUGGGUGAACUCUUCGGCGCUGGGGGGCCCCUGGGUGCUGAGCCCGUGGCUGUGGGGGGGUCCGCGCGCCUGCGGCCUGGACAUGGCUGUGUUCCUGCACCCCCAGCAGAGCGGGCGCUACACGGUGUGGCUGGCGCUGCGGGACAGCCCCCCCCUCACCCUCCUCUCCGUGGACAAGCCCCGACGGCCAGGCUGGGCAGUGCUGCGGCUCAUCCUGGGGUCCCAGAGCUCGCCCUUCCGAAUCUCCUCUGGCUACGGGCAGCCCGGCGAGCGGGACACGGCCACGUUUGCGCCCCUCUUCACCACCAACUGCACGCUCGGGACCUCGCCCACCCCGCAGAUCCCCCUGCAGGGGCAGUACCAGUGCCACCAGGGACCCGAGAUCGCCAUGGGGCAGAAGUGCGACUUCAGCGCCGACUGCCCGCUCGGAGACGACGAGGGAGAUAUGUGCCGUCAGUUUCUGAACGGCACCUACUGUUCGUUUGAAGAUGGCGACUGUGGAUGGAGGUCCGUAUCGCCCAGAGGGCCCAAGUGGAGGGUCGUCGAGACGCAGCCAGGGGGCGCCACACCCAGCUGUCCUUCUUCAGGAGCUGUAAUGAUGGUGGACAGUAGCCAGUCUAAAGGGCAACAGGGAGCAGCUUCAGUGAGGAGCCCUCUGUUCCCACCGCCGCUCAGGAACUCCCGCUGCGAGGUGCGGUUUUGGCUGUGUUCCGGAGGCUCCCAGCGGGGGGCGCUGUCUCUCUCGCUGGCGGAGAACAGCACGGGCCCAGAGAAGCUGCGCAGGCUGUGGCACGCCGGCGUGGAGGACGACAGGGAGCCGGGCUGGAGGCUCGUCGCCGUCCCUCUGUACAACCUGACAGACUGGUUCUGGCUGCAGUUCGGCACCAACAGUGUGUCCGGUCGAGGGUCCUAUUUCAAACUGGACAACUUCUCUCUCAGCAUGGACUGUUUCCUGACAUCCAAUGGGGAGUUUCCGCCCGUGAUUACCAACCAGAACAUCAGGAUGACCUCGUCGACCCAGAGAAAUACGAGUGACAACAGAAUCUCGACACCCGAGCUACUGGACCACUCCAGCAGAUGGGCCUUUCACACCUGCGGGUCCACGGGCCCCGAGGGCCCCAACCGCGGCCAGUGCGCCAACUCCUACCGCAGCAGCAACGUCAACGUCUCCGUGGUGACCGAGGGGCCCCUCAAGGGCGUGCAGGUGUGGAGGGUCCCCGAGACGAGGACGUACAGGAUCACAGGUUGUGGGGCUGCAGGUGGUCGCAGCGUAUUGGCCAAUACCAGGUCACACGGUGUCUACAUGAUGGCUGACUUCCUGCUGCAGAAGGAUGAACUGCUGUACAUCCUGGUGGGACAGCAAGGAGAGGACGCCUGUCCCAACGCUGACCGUGCCCUCAACAAGAUCUGCACGGACCAGACAUACAACAAAACUCUGGGCCGGCCGGGCGGAGGUGGCGGGGGAGGCGGGGCCACCUACGUCUUCAAGGUGGAGAAGGGCGUCCCUGUGCCCCUGCUCAUCGCAGCCGGUGGCGGGGGGCGGGGCUACCAGAGCAGCCAAUCAGAAAGCCAGAUAGAGGAUUUGGACAGAGACCCCCGGGUUCCAGGGCGCAAUGGCCGCUCAGGAGCUGCAGGUGGGGGCGGCGGCUGGAAUGACACUCUUCCUGUGGCUCGUGGGGGGAGACCUCUUCUGCUGGGGAGCCAGGGGGGGCAGGCCUGUCAGUACGGCUGGCCAACCAGGGGGGGCUUCGGCGGAGGGGGAGGAGCCUGUUCCUCAGGCGGUGGAGGAGGGGGUUACAGAGGUGGCAGCACGCCAGCGGAGAACGACCCGAGGAAGGACGGGAAGGACGGAUCUUCCUUCAUCGGCCCCGACGGCGUGACCUUCAUCGAGCCGCUGAAAGGCAUGGAGAGCCAUGGGGAGGUGGUCAUCGCCCCGGCGCAGAACUGCAGCCACUGUGAGUCGGGCGAGUGUCACGAGACGGGCGAGGAGACGGUGUGCCUGUGCUACGAGGACCUGGUUCUGGACCAGGACGGAGUGUCCUGCAUCAACCACACAGAGCGGAAUCUCCUGACGCCUCACCUGCCGCUGUCCAAGCUGGCUCUGGGGCUGUCUGUGGGCACAUCUGCACUGAUCGCUGCUCUGCUGCUGGCUGUGUCUGGGGUUAUGAUCAUGUACAGACGCAAGCACACGGAGCUGCAGGCUAUCCAGCUGGAGCUGCAGAGUCCGGACUGCAAGCUGAGCAAGCUGAGGGCCUCCACCAUCAUGACCGACUACAACCCCAACUACUGCUUCGCCGGCAAGACCGCCUCCGUCACCGACCUGAAGGAGGUGCCCCGGCGCAACAUCUCCCUCACCAGGGGUCUGGGGCACGGCGCGUUUGGGGAGGUGUACGAGGGCCUGGCUGUGGGGAUCCCAGGAGAGCCCAGUCCCAUGCAGGUAGCGGUGAAGACGCUGCCUGAAGUGUGCUCUGAGCAGGACGAGCUGGACUUCCUCAUGGAGGCGCUGAUUAUCAGUAAGUUCAGUCAGCAGAACAUAGUGCGCUGUAUAGGAGUCAGCCUGCAGGCUCUGCCGCGCUUCAUUCUGCUGGAGCUGAUGGCGGGAGGAGACCUCAAGAGCUUCCUGAGAGAGACGCGCCCCAGACUGGAGCAGCCCUCCAGCCUGUCCAUGGUGGACCUGCUGAAUGUGGCCCGGGACAUCGCCCGGGGCUGUCAGUACCUGGAGGAGAACCAGUUCAUUCACAGGGACAUCGCCGCCAGAAACUGCCUGCUGACCUGCAAAGGGCCGAGCAGAGUGGCCAAGAUCGGGGACUUCGGCAUGGCCCGGGACAUUUACAGGGCCAGUUACUACCGGAAGGGUGGGCGUGCGAUGCUGCCGGUCAAGUGGAUGCCCCCGGAAGCCUUCAUGGAGGGGAUCUUCACCUCCAAAACGGACACAUGGUCCUUUGGGGUUCUGCUCUGGGAGAUCUUCUCUCUGGGAUACAUGCCGUACCCCAGCCGCAGCAACCAGGAGGUUCUGGAGUUUGUGACCAACGGGGGCAGGAUGGACCCUCCCAAAAACUGCCCCGGGCCAGUGUACCGGAUAAUGACGCAGUGUUGGCAGCACCAACCGGAGGACAGACCCAACUUCUCUACCAUCCUGGAGAGGAUUGACUACUGUCUACAGGACCCUGACGUGGUGACGGUGCCCCUGCCGGUGGAGUACGGGCCCGUCCAGGAGGAAGAGGAGCGGGCCCCUCCGCUCUCCGAAGACCCCGUCACCCCCUCCCUGCUGGAGCCCGCCCCGUCGCAGGAGGGCAAGAGAGAGGCGGAGCCUCCCCUGCAGCCCGGCCACGCCCCCCAGCCUCAGCCCGCCGCCGCCCCCACGGCGCAGCCGCACCCCCCUCACCCGCACCAGCACCCUCACCCGUCGCAGGCCCCGCCCGCAGCCAAGCCCCGCCCGGCGCAGCAGGGCGCCGAGGGGGGGCACGUGAACCUGGGCUUCAGCCAGGGGCAGCCCCCCGACAAGGAGAACCGAAACAGGAAGCCCACCAACCUGUGGAACCCCACCUACGGCUCCUGGUUCCUGCAGCAGCAGCAGCAGCAGCAGAGGCAGGCAGGCGGGCGGGGCCCCGGGGAGGGCCAGGAGCACCCCGCCCACGCGGGGCGGACUGUGGGCGAGGCAGCCGGGGCCCUGGGGCUCCAGCACCAGCACAAGCAGCUGCAGCAGCUGCAGCUCCAACAGCAGCAGCAGCAGCAGCAGGGUCACUGCAGGCCGCUCCUGCCCCCCCCGCCCGCGCCCGCGCCCGGACCCUCCGCCCCCCUCCUGCUGGAUUCGGCCGCGCUCCCCCCCGUCCCCCUGUACAGACUGCGCCGGUUCCCCUGCGGCACGGUGGGGUACGGGUACCAGGAGCAGGGCCUGCCGCUGGAGGCCGCCGCCACCGCCCCGGCCCCUGCCCCCCCGCCGCCGGCCCCCCCGGCCCCCUCCGGCCCCCAGCGGCCCCCCGCGAUCGGCCGGGCGGGGGCCGCCAUCACCGAGGACAACCGUCCGCUGCUCGUCACCAUGGGAACGGCCGCUCUGCAGGACCCCAGGCUGCCGAAUAUAGAAGGGCACAACGCCACUGUGCUUUAACCCCGCCCACUGUGCUGUGCUCUCGCCCCGCCCCCUUCACUGCCCCCGCCCAACCCCCCACCUCCGCAGACACGUCCACACCCGCCGUGGACCAAUCAGCUGUAAUUCUUUUUCAAAACUCGAAUCGGGAGCUCUCACCAGGCUGUCAAUAAAACACACAAAAAAACUAAAAUAAUAAAAUGGAGAAAGGACUUGGAAGGGUGUUGGGACGACUUUUCGCCGGGCGACUUUUUGAACUCGGCUAUGUUUUAAAUCUUCCAGAUCGCUGGAGCUGGGAAACCUUUGGUUUAGAGUUUUUGAAGUGUUCAGAAGAGAUUUUCCGUCCGCUGUCGAUGGUUGCCGUGGGAACAGCAUCAGGACCAUGACCACAAUGGUAUGUCUCGGCUUCUGGCGGACCCCAGAAUCCCACGUGGACGGGCCGAGGGUUUGACCUAUGACCACCGUCACAAGUUUUACAUCAAAAUUUUCCCAAAACAAAUAAAUCAAUUAGAAAUCACAAUAUCAUAUCAUGAUUCUUGUCUCUCGCGGGUGGGAAAGACCUUAUACUGUGUGUCCGUGAUCACAUUCUCAAAAACAACGGGACAGGAAGCCCCCCCCCCCCCCCCCCAUCGGACCAGCAGCGUGUGGGCGGUGCAGCGGAGGGGAACGCUGGUACCCCUGUCCGUCUACCCCAGCCGCGGCUUCCUCCCUUUAAUCCGGAGACACCCCGGGCGUUUACGGGACAGGUCACCCUGACGCCACACGGAUUCUCUGCUGGGAACAGACGCCUCGAUCUGGCUCCGUUUUCUAACAAAAAACAAAAAAAAAAGUGAUGUGUUUGUUGAUGCUUGCUUGCCUGCCUGUUUAUUUAUUCAUUUGUUAAUUUAUUAUUUGGGAGAUCUGUUAAUUAUUUAUGGACGUGCUCUCCCCCCUCCUCCCUCCCUCCCCAAAAUCCCUGUUUUUCAUAAUUUUGUUAGCUCUUGGACUCUGUUGGCUUUUAAACUGCGGGAAUUCAGAUUCAACACGGAGUUUAACAGAGUAAAUAAAUCCCCGAUGGCUGAGGUGACAGUUGGCCGCUGCGCUGCAGAUUUCGCGGAGCAGACGGAGGCGGAGGCGGAGUGUGUGAUUGACAUCCACCAGGGCUCCUAGCGGGGAGGGGUGGGGGGGGGUCUGCGCCGCGCACACGCGCUUCAUUUCCUGAAACGAGCUGUCCGCUGUGUCGCUUCCUUGGCCCGCUCAGGUACAGGCUCGGCCGCUUGAACUUGUAUUCUGGAUAGCUCACCCCUGACCCCUGACCUUUGACCCCUCGCCACAGAGACACGCAGCUGGCAGCCAUGGCCCAAUUUACAGUCCUUGUACAUGAUCUCUCCUUUAAGUGGAUUAUCUUUUUUUUUUAAUCUUUUUUUUUUUUUUUUUUAAACCAAGAAAUGUUUAAAGGUUUCCAAGCGUACGGGUUGAGAAGUACGCUUUUCAUUCUUCGUAAAUUACUACUUGUAAAAAAAAAAAAAAAAAAAAGUCUUUCCAAAAAUUAUUAUUUUUUAAAUUGCUACCUUCAUUUGAGCACAGCAGACGACAAGGUUUAAAACUCUUUGUUGAACGGAGAUUGGUUUUUGAACAUUACUAUUGAAAGGACCUGUGUUAUAAUGCCUAAAUAAGCCAGCACAAUGUACAUUUCUUACCACGCAGCAGAGGGAGUUGAUGAAAUCAAGCCCUCGGGUGUCAUUCACGGCUUCUCGAAGCUGGUGAACGUUUUACCCAACGCCACGCAGCCACGAUGUUGGAAUCGCAGCACGCACUUCAAACAAACCAUUACCAAAAUGUUUUUGAGGUCCAAAUGGGUACGGGACGUGUUGGGAGGGGCCAACCAACCCAACCUCCCCCCCCCCCCCCCCCCCCUCGGCUUUGACUCGAUCCAAACUCAGAUCACACAUUCCAGCUGCUCUGCAUCCACUUUGCUCUUUGUAAAAAGUAAAAAAAUUAAAUAAAUAAAUGAAUAAUAAAAAAUAAAAAAAUCUUGUAAAAUGUUAUAAUUACAAAGCAUUGUACUAUGGUUGUGGUAAACCUUGUAAGUUUCCCUUGGAUUACGACUUGGAUAAUCUGCCUAAUAAAUAAAAUGACUAAUAACAGCUGGUUUGGCAUCCAGACUGAACCUGAUGAAUAAAAGGUUUUCAAAAUCCCUCACGUGAGCGC